UCAGAGGAUAAGUAGUGGAAGUUGGAAAAUUUCUUGAUACGAAACACAGUGGACAUUACAAAGUAUACAACUUAUGUAGUGAAAGAACAUAUGAUGAUACAUACUUUCAUGGUCGUGUGGAGAGAAUCAUCAUCGAUGAUCACAAUGUACCUUUACUGAGAGACAUGACAAGGUACGUAAAAAGUGUGCGAAGCUGGCUGAGUGAGGACAAAGAGAAUGUUAUAGCUGUUCACUGCAAAGGUGGAAAAGGUAGAACAGGAACGAUGAUCUGUAUUUGGUUGGUCGAAGCAGGCCUUUUUGACAGUGCUGAGGCAAGUCUGGAUUACUUUGGAAACAGGAGGACUGACCUGAGUGUAGGAUCUAAGUUUCAAGGUGUUGAAACACCAAGCCAAAGUCGUUAUGUAGGCUACUUUCAGCAGAUUAAGGAAAAACUUGAGGGUGAACCUCCAGCUGAUGUGCCAACUUUGAAAAUACGUCAGAUCAAAAUCUGUGCUUUAGCAGGUGUUGGUAAAAGCAAUGGAAGUGACUUUUCCUGUGAAAUAUUUCUUGAACGAAACAAAGUGUUUGAUUGUAAUUUUGGAGAUUGCAAGAAUUGUCAGGUAGAAUACCAGAGUGAACCAGAUGUCUUACUUGUAACUUUACUUAACUGUCCAGAUCUAAGUGGUGAUGUGAAGCUCCGAUUUCAGUGCACUACGAAAAGUGUUCCCAGAGGUUAUGAAAACUGUCCAUUCUACUUCUGGUUUCAUACCAGUUUUAUAGAGAACAAGAGAUUAUACUUAAAACGUGACUGCUUGGACAAUCCUCACAAACCUAAAACUUGGCGAACAUUCCGAGAGAAAUUUGCUGUAGAAUUGCUAUUUUCCACACCAGGAGAAGAAGAAGAAAUUCCUCUAAAUUAAUUAAUAGCAUCAUAUAUAUGAUGUUAUUUUGUGACAAUAAUUAAAACUAGGCUUAAUAGAAUAUUUCUUGUAAUUUUUAAACAUAGAAAAAAACUGUUAGUGGGUUCUGAAAGAAGGAAAAAUAUUUUAUUAGGUGAUUCCCAUGGUUCAGUUUGUCUACUGCAGAAAAUAUCAAUUAUUUCAAUACUUGUAGAACUUCCUUUGUUAGCUCAUAAACAAAUGAAAUAAAUUUAUGAGUUGGCUUUUGACAUCACUAAGUCUUUAGCCCAUGUCGGUAAACAAAACCUCUUUGGUCAUUAUAAAUAAUUCAUGUGUGUCAGUCAAAGACCAGUUGAACUACCAACAAACAAAACUUGUAUUCUCAGGAUAAUCUUAGAACAUUCCAGAAAUAGAUGUAAUUGUAUUUUCUAAGUAGUAAAAAGACUAGAGAAGCCAUGUGAAGUUUUUCUUUUUUUUCUAAACAUGUCACAUUGGUGAAGUCUUUCUUUUUGUUCUAGACUGCCAGUUCUAGUUUAUGUAUGAAAUAUAGCUUUAAUAUUUUGUAUUCUAACAGAAGUUGUUAAGGUGAAUUAAUUUUUUUUACCAACAAUUGUGCUAGCUGCUUCUAUAAUUAUGGUUAAUAAAAAUAAAUGUAGCUUGUUUUAAUAUUCAUAUUUAUUUCAUGUUGGUGCAAUAACAAGAUUAUAUAAGUAACAAUAUUAAUUUUUGUAAAUCGGCUGUAGUUUCUUUGAUCUAAAGAAACAAUGAAUCUGAUUUGUUACAUGAUAAAUAAUAUAUUAUUAGAUAAAUAUAGAUUUGUUUUAUUUACUUAGAAAGUUUCUGCAAUCCUGAUGUUUUACUGUCAUACUCUUGUUAGAAGGAAAAUAUGAUUUACCUUUUUUCUGUUUCAUCUCUCUCAAAAAAAAUCUUGUUAUUAAUAGGUUUUUAUUAAGUUGGUACCAUUUGAGAUUCUGUUUUAAUGCUUCAGGAUAGUAUAAGGAAGGUCAAUGAAAUUUGUAAAGAUUCAUUUUAAUCCAUUCAUUAUCAGGAAAUAAAUACGCUAUCAUA